AUGGUCGAAUCCAAGAAGCGGAAGGCCGUAACAAGAGACGUUGACGAUGAUGCAGCUGUGGUGUCGGGAGACGAAUUCGAUUUUGCACAACUGGAUGGAACUCUCGCGGACGAAGAAUCUGCCAGUGGCAGUGACGAAGACUACUCGAGCACGAGCAGUGGCGCCGAAGACGAGAGCGAUGGAGUGUCCAUAGGAACUGAAGAGUCACCCCAAGAAGAUGAUGAAGAGCUAUUUAAGCCCAAAAAGAAAGAACAAACAGAAGAUGUUACAGAGGUGGACAUUGGCAUCCGGGAUGUGGCCUCUACUUCUGAAGAGAAGGACCCGGGCACACUUGAUGAAGAACCCAACUACGAAGUCGUGAAAGAUGCGAACGGGAAUGACAGAUAUAUCUAUCCCGAGAUAGAUCCCGGCGAUGAUUCGGAUUAUUCGGUCCCAGACAACGAAGCUAACACGAUUGGGAAUAUUCCACUGUCAUUCUAUGACUCUUACCCUCAUAUCGGCUACAACAUAAACGGGAAGAAGAUCAUGAGGCCAGCCAGAGGAGAAGCCCUGGAUGCGCUACUUGAUAGCAUUGAGGUUCCCAAAGGAUGGACUGGCCUUACAGACCCUGCCACUGGGAAACCUUUAGAACUCACCCGAGAAGAACUAGAGCUGCUCAAGAAGGUACAGAUGAAUGAGGUCGCCACUGACGGAUACGACCCAUACGAGCCCACAGUCGAAUGGUUCACCAGUAAAACCGAGAUAAUGCCUCUGAGUUCCGCUCCAGAACCCAAGAGGCGAUUUGUGCCGUCCAAACACGAAGCAAAACGAGUCAUGAAGCUUGUUCGCGCAAUCCGAGAAGGUCGCAUUCUGCCAUACAAGCCGCCUCAAGAUGAAGAGGAAGAGGAGGAUGAAAUACAAAAGUAUGAUAUCUGGGCCGACGAACAACCCAGGGCAGAUCAUGCCAUGCAUAUGCCCGCCCCGAAACUGCCUCCUCCGGGUUUUGAUGAGAGCUAUCACCCACCACCAGAAUACCUUCCAGACAAAAAGGAGAAAGAAGCCUGGGAAAAGGCCGACGAAGAAGAUCGAGAGAAAGACUACUUGCCCACGGAUCAUGCCUCGUUACGCAAGGUGCCAGGUUAUGAGCGAUUCGUCAAAGAGAAAUUCGAGCGAUGUCUGGAUUUAUAUCUUGCACCUCGAGUACGCCGAACGAAGCUCAACAUUGACCCUGAUUCACUCUUGCCCAAGUUACCAAAUCCGGAUGAACUCAGACCAUUCCCCACACACGAGGCCGGCCGGUUUCAUGGCCAUAAAGGUCGUGUAAGGUCUCUGGCCAUUGAUCCUUCCGGAACAUACCUAGCUACUGGUGGUGAUGACGGCACUGCCAGGGUCUGGACCUUGAUGCCUCCACGAGAAAUCUGGUCUGCAAAAUUGGUCUCGGAUGCUGCAGUCAAUGUCGUUCGGUGGCGACCUGGAAAGGAUACACCUAUAUUAGCUGCCUGCGCCGGCGAAAACAUCUAUCUCUGCAACCCUCAACUGGGCACAGACUUUAGCCCAGAAGUCGACGCUGCGCAAGCGGUCCUGGACGCAGGAUGGGGAUUUGCGGCAUCCGAAAAUACUACAUCUAAAUCCACAAGUGUCAAGUGGAGUCGACCGACCUCCUCCCAGCGGGAUCAGAGGGUGGCUCUGGUCAUUCACCUGGGACAUACGGCGAAGACGCUAUCAUUCCAUUCUGGCGGCAACCACUUUGUCACAAUCUGUCCCGCAAGCAGCGUUCCAGCAUCACAAGCCAUUGCCAUCCACACCAUUUCAAAACAUCAAACCCAACUGCCUUUCCGAAAGAGGCUCAAGGGAGGUGGUACUCCUCAAGCGGCACACUUCCACCCGACCAAGCCUAUCCUUUUUGUCGCAAACCAACGUGUCAUUCGAGCGUACGACCUGUCCAAGCAGACGUUGCUGAAGAUCAUCCAACCUGGCGCUCGCUGGAUCAGCAGUUUCGACAUACACCCGACAAGUUCGUCCACCGCCGGCUCGGACAACCUGAUCGUCGGGUCAUACGACAGGCGCCUGCUGUGGAUGGACCUGGAUCUCUCCCCUCGACCAUACAAGACCCUUCGUUUCCACGAAAAGGCCAUCCGCACCGUGCGCUUCCACCCCGCGACGAACCGCUACCCACUCUUCGCGGACGGCAGCGACGACGGCAGCAUCCAGGUCUUCCACGGCCAAGUCACCAGCGACAUGAUGAGUAACGCCCAGAUCGUCCCCUUGAAGGUGUUGCGCGGGCACAAGAUCACGGGAGGUCUGGGUGUUCUCGAUCUGGACUGGCAUCCCCAGCAGCCGUGGCUCGUGAGCGCUGGGGGCGACGGGACCUGUCGACUCUGGGUUUCCUAA